UAGACCCCAGCCAGCCAGUUUGCCAGACGCAAGGCCGAAGCCAAAGUCAGCCAGCCGCACAGACAAACAGACGCAGCCAUGCCUCGCUCCUACCUCAGGCCUCGCGCCCGCCCCUACGCCUUCAACACCGAUUACUACCUGAACCUUUCGAAAUCCUCCGGAACCGCGAUCGAGUCGGAGAAAGUCGAAGUCACCAGCCAGUCCGACGCUCAGUCGCUCGUCGAGCGCAUCAAGCACUCGCCUCCCCGAGAAGUCCUGUACAUGGACCGCGCCUUCAGUGAGCCUCGGUUCGUGGGCCGCGCCCGUUCGAGCAGCUAUGAGUUCGAGCCCUUCGUGAGGCCGAGCUCCCUGGAGGAGGGCGACGUCAGGAUCGUGACGCCCUUGCACCUCAAGCACCCCUACCGCCUGCCUGUAGAGGACGAGCGGCGGAGAUGCUGGCUAGUAGACCCCGUCUGGUUCCCGAACCCCUGGGCGUGGGACAGCAUCUGGGUCCCCCCGCACGAGAACCGCUCCCAGCCGCACUUCGGCUACGAGGCGUACCGUCAGCUCAUUUUGAAGUACCUCGAGCUCAGGAAUCGCAAAUACACCGUGGUCCUCCGGCUCUGUCCGCUCCACAAGCACCUCGUAGAUGACGGCAACGGUGUCCUUGUUUAACGACUGCGUGAUCUUGCCAACAGGUGAAAGAAGAGCCCCGAGUGACGCUGUCGAAGCUCCACCCGUACCGCCUGCCCGUCGAGGACGUCCGCGUGCCCCCGCACGAGAGCUCCGAGUGGCCUGCCUCCGUGCCGCACUUCAACCUCGUCUCCUCCUACGACCUCAUGGUCCAAUUCCUCGGCAUUGGCUGCAAAGGCUGCUAACGAGGGGCGAUGGCGCCAGCUUGUGAAUGUGGGGCUUGGUGGGGUCAAAUUUGGUAAUGAGGGGCAUGGUGGUAUUCAUUUUGUAAACGGGACAUGAUAGUGUUCAAAUUGUUCACGAGGGGCAUGAUGUGCCAAAUUUGUUAAUGAGGGGCAUGGUGGUAUUCAUUUUGUAAACGGGGCAUGAUAGUGUUCAAAUUGUUUACGAGGGGCAUGAUGGUGCCAAAUUUGUUAAUGAGGGGCACGGUGGCGUGCCACCUUUUUUAAGGAUGUCAAAAUUGUUAAUCUAGGGCCUGUUUAUUCUUCAUCUUCCUCUCAUUCUCUCUCGAUAGCAAUCACUCUGCCUUGCAUUGUCUGUCUCUCUCUUUCUCGUCAACUAUGGGCCUGUGUGUAGAUUUUUUCACUCUUUCUUCUCUUUCUCUCUUAUUCUUCCUUCUCUACCACCAGAAUUUAUGACAAUGUUUCACAAGACAAGGACGGGACAAAGGUCUUCUCUGCUGUUCUUGUGAUUAUGUAAGGGGAAUUUUGACGGAGAAAUGUGCGAACGUUCCAGUCAUGCAUAAUCAUGAGUACAGGAAUAUUACCCUGCAUUUUAUUCAAGAUCAGUCAUCCUAUAUGUAAGAAAUUUAUCUGUGAUCAAAGAAUGUAAAGCACAAAACGCACACAAAAAAAACGAUACAUAUAUCAACGAAAGCUAUGUCUUUUUGUUUUAUUUUUUUGCAUCAUUCUUUUGUUCAUAAUUGCCUACCUUCGCCUAUCCAUAGUUAUCAUGAAAUGUCACAUUCAGUUUACACUGAUGGUCCCUUGUCUAUCAUAUAUAAAAUCUUUGGAAUGUAGAUUCCAGUUUGAUCUUUUCGCUUUGUCCGAUCAUAUAGUCAUUUUUUCUCAAUAGCAUUACUAAUUUUUCUAUGUGAUAUUAUUAUGACCUUUAUCAUCCAUACCAUUUUAUAUGCUUCGGUUCUGUGAGCUGGUUCCAUGGUUGGUUCCAUACCUGGUUCCUUAGCUGGUUCAUGGACAUUUGGUGUACGUGUGAACAGAGCUUAUCGCACUAAUACACAUGUACAUGCUGAUCUGAAUAAUAUAAUGAUGUUGUAUA